UUUAAGUGCACAUGUUCCUACGUUUACUAUGAAAUGAAGUGGAAGAGUUAGUUCCUAAUUCCCAUUGCCCAAACUCUUGUUCUCCCAUGGCGCCAAGCCUAACCACAGUGCAAGAAACGGCUCCUCCCAACGCCAAUCCCCACUUAUCCAUAAAACUCGAAUCCUCAACGUUCCUCGCAAGCGGCCACCCAAUCCUCACCCAAGUCCCACCCAACAUAACAACCUCCCACCCCCACCUCCACCCCCACGGCUGCUUCCUCGGUUUCACCGCCGCCGAGGCCCGAAGCCGCCACGUGGCCUCCAUCGGCAAGCUUGGCGGCAUCAGGUUCACCAGCAUCUUCCGCUUCAAGCUGUGGUGGAGCACCCACUGGUCCGGUAGCAACGGCCGAGACGUGGAGCACGAAACCCAAAUGAUGAUCCUCCAGAACGACGCCGUGAGGGGACGCCCCUACGUCCUCCUCUUGCCCCUCCUCGAGGGACCCUUCCGAGGCUCCCUCCAAGCGGGCCUCGACGACCACGUGGACGUCUGCAUGGAGAGCGGAUCCAGACGUGUGACGGAGGGUUCCUUCGGAAGCUGCUUGUACAUGCACGUGCACCACGACCCCUUUACUCUAAUCGAGGAAGCGGUGAGGGUGGUGAAGGCCCAUCUGGGAACCUUUACUUUGAUGGAGGACAAGACCCCGCCGGGGAUAGUUGACAAGUUCGGGUGGUGCACCUGGGACGCCUUUUACCUAAAGGUGGAUCCCUCAGGGGUGCGGGAAGGGGUGAAGGGUUUGGUGGAGGGAGGGUGUCCUCCAGGGUUGGUGAUCAUCGACGACGGGUGGCAAACGUUUUGCGGUGACGAUGAAACGGUGACGGACGGUGGAAGCUUGGAGUGUUCCGUUCCGGGGGAGCAGAUGGUGAAGAGGUUGGUGAGGUUUGAGGAUAAUAGUAAGUUUAAGGAGUACAGGGGGUGUGAUGGGAGCAAUGGGAUGGGUGCGUUUGUGAGGGACUUGAAGGGGGAGUUUAGUGGGCUGGACUAUGUCUAUGUUUGGCAUGCCUUUUCUGGCUACUGGGGUGGGCUUAGGCCCAAUGUGCCCGGGAUGCCGGAGGCCACGGUGGUUGCGACUAAGUUGUCUCCCGGGGCGGAGAUGACUAUGACGGAUCUAGCGGUGGUGAAGAUAAUGGAGAUUGGCGUGGGAUUGGUGCCACCCCAUCAGCUCUACCAGGGACUCCACUCUCACUUGGAAUCCCUCGGUGUUGACGGUGUCAAGAUUGAUGUCACGCAGAUUCUUGAGAUGGUAUCAGAGGAUUAUGGUGGUCGUGUUGAAAUGGCCAAAGCAUAUUACAAAGCACUCACUGCUUCCGUGAAGAAGCAUUUCAAAGGCAAUGGUGUCAUUUCAAGCAUGCAGCAGUGCAAUGAUUUCAUGUUCCUUGGUACGGAAACCAUAUCACUUGGACGAGUGGGUGAUGAUUUUUGGUGCACUGACCCAGCUGGAGAUCCAAACGGUGCCUAUUGGCUGCAAGGGUGUCAUAUGGUGCACUGUGCUUACAACAGCUUGUGGAUGGGAAAUUUCAUACACCCAGAUUGGGACAUGUUCCAAUCUGAUCAUGCUUGUGCCGAAUUUCACGCUGCUUCCAGGGCCAUUUCUGGUGGACCAAUUUACGUAAGCGACUCUGUUGGAAAACACAACUUCAAGUUGCUUAAGAAGCUCGUUCUACCUGAUGCCUCCAUUUUGCGCUGUCAACAUUAUGCACUUCCAACCCGAGACUGCUUAUUUCUGGACCCUUUGCAUGACGGCAAAACAAUGCUCAAAAUUUGGAACCUCAAUAAAUGUUCCGGGGUUUUGGGUCUGUUCAAUUGCCAAGGAGGAGGGUGGUGCCCUGUUGCUAGGCGAAACAAGAGUGCCUCUGAGUUUUCACACUCUGUGACUUGCUUUGCAAGUCCCCAAGACAUUGAGUGGAGCAAAGGGAAGCACCCAAUUUGCAUCAAAGGGGUAGAUGAAUUUGCUGUGUACAUGCUUAAGGAUGACACGUUGAAGCUCCUCAAGUACACAGAAAGUGUACAAGUUUCACUUGAGCCUUUUAGUUUUGAGCUUUUGACAGUUUCUCCAGUGAUGGUCUUGCCCAGAAAAUCCAUCCAAUUUGCUCCAAUUGGAUUGGUGAGCAUGCUCAACUCUGGGGGAUCAAUUCUGUCAAUAGAAUAUGAUACACAUGAAAAUUUGGCAAGAAUUGAGGUGAGAGGACAUGGGGAAAUGAGGGUAUAUGCAUCAGAGAAGCCAGAGUGUUGUAAGAUUGAUGGAGAGCAUGUGGAAUUUGAUUACGUUGAUAACACAGUGAGGCUCCAAGUGUCGUGGCCUAGUUCUUCAAGGUUGUCCGUGGUCGAGUAUUUGUUCUGAACCAUGAUUUGGUGUCUACAUUAAAUAGUACUAUAGUAGUGCAAAAAUUUGUGACUCUGGCUGAUGCUAUGCAUAUGUGAAUCCCCAUUACAACUGAAAACAAGAGUUGCUAGAAA